CCGGCAAGCUCGCUCACAGUCAGACAGUGCUGGUGGCGGAGCAGCAUCAUCGUGCAGCGCGCGGAGAAGAAGCAGCUGAAGAAGAAGGAGGGUGUGCCAGACUUCAUCAUCUCCAACAGGUCCUCUGUGCUCCGGGAGUCCACGCCGCCGGCAACACACACACACACACACACAAGCGAGGUAAAUUGACCUGCAGCACUCUUAAAGAUGGCAGCCGCUGAAGAUAUCAAAGUCAAGGAGCUUGACAAGCGGGCUUCUGGCCAGGCCUUUGAGGUCAUCUUGGGUGAUGGUACCUCGGAUCCCAAGGGUGAGUUCCCCCUGUCUCCUCCCAAGAAGAAGGAUGUCUCACUGGAGGAGAUUCAGAGGAAGCUGGAUGCUGCAGAGGAGAGACGCAAGAACCAUGAGGCGGAGGUUCUGAAGCACUUAGCUGAGAAGCGUGAGCAUGAAAAGGAAGUGCUACAGAAAGCUCAGGAGGAGAACAACAACUUCAGCAAGAUGGCAGAGGAGAAGCUUAAUCAGAAGAUGGAGGCCAACAAGGAGAACCGCACAGCAAUUAUGGCAGCGAUGAAUGAGAAAUUCAAGGAGAAGGACAAAAAGUUGGAGGAGGUGCGGAAGAACAAAGAAACCAAAGAUCCCUCCUCUGAAGAAGGCACUUCGGAAAACUAAAAGUUACAAAAGGGAUUGUGUGUGUAUAGGGUUUUUUACGUAUCCAAAGAUUGAUUUAUUUUUCGUUUGGCCAGUAUUUCUUUGUGUUCACUACUCACCUUUUUGAAAUAAGAUAGUUCCACUUUGUGAAUUUUUCAAUUCUCCUGCUAUAAGUGUUCUUGCGCUGGUUUUAAAUGUGGAUCAUUUCCUCCCCUUGAGUCUAAUCCAUUUAAUAUGUAGCUAGUCGAUGCAGCUUCAGCCCUUUUUGAAACUUAGCAGUGUACUUAACCUUUUUGAGGAAGCAUGUUUCUAUGCAUAGGUCUUUAAUCCCUGCUUAUUUCAUGCGUUUUGAAAAUGUCCCUGUGAAUCGCACCUGUUCCCGGCACUUACUGUAUAUUAAAAAAAAAAAAAAAGUAGCACAAGGUUUGAUCAAGGCGUUGGCUGUUAUUCAUGCAGGUGUUAGUGCAGCUAAUCAUUUGUUCCUGCAGGUCAUGUUUUUGUGCCACUGCUGAUUUUGCUCUUGUAAAACCUUGGGUUUGUUCUUCAAAAGCACAUGACUUCUUGCUGUAUAGCUGUGAAUGAACAUGCCAGACAUGAAAAUGGAUGCCAUCUUGAACAUCACUGAAGAGGGGUCUACACAUGGAAUGCAAAAGAGCAAUACACUGGCAUCUCAAUAGAUACAGUGGCUAGUUGACUUGAACUGUUGUACUAAAACAAAUAAAAAAAGUAACCUCAA